ACUACGUUAGCCAGCCGUGCGUGACCUCUUGAGAUAUGUGUGUGAACCUUACGUCGCUCCGCCUUCCCCUUGCCGUCCUCGCGCUGCUCGCUAGCUGGGGAUUUUGAAAGUGUCAGCGCGGCGGCCUUACACUGCCUGUCAUGGCCUUCAGCUUCGGCUCCACCGCGGGGACCGCGGCCAACCAAGGUGAGACCCCAUCACACCCGCCUGGGCCCCGAGCUGGCCAGGAGCGUGACUGCCGUGUGUGAGCAAAUAGGGGCCGGCCUGCGGGGGGGGGGGGGCACUGGGAGAGUCCUGGCUGGCUGAGGGGGGGGCACUGGGAGAGUCCUGGCUGGGCUGGGGGGGCACUGGGAGAGUCCCUUGGCAGGGUCCUGGGAGAGUCCUGGCUGGCUGAGAGGGGGGUCCUGGGAGAGUCCUGGCUGGCUGAGGGGGGGCACUGGGAGUCCUGGCUGGCUGAGGGGCACUGGGAGAGUCCUGGCUGGCUGAGGAGGGGGUCCGGGGAGAGUCCUGGCUGGCUGAGAGGGGGUCAUGGGAGAGUCCUGGCUGGCUGGGGGCCCUGGGAGAGUGCUGGCUGGCUGAGAGGGGUCCUGGGAGGGCUGGCCCCUGGGAGAGAGUCCUGGCUGGCUGAGGGGAGGGGGGCCCUGGGAGAGUCCUGGCUGGCUGAGGGGGCGGGAGAGCUGGCCCCUGGGGAGGUGUGAGAUUCCCUGGCUGGGGGGCCCUGGGAGAGUCCCGGCUGGCUGAGGGAGGGGGCCCUGGGAGAGUCCCUGGCUGGCUGAGGGGUGGGAGGUCCUGGCUGGCUGUGUGAGAGCUCCUGGCUGGCUGAGGGGUGGCCCCUGGGAGAGUCCUGGUUGGGAGGGGGGGGCCCUGGGAGAGUCCUGGCUGGCUGGGGUGGCCCUGGGAGAGUCCUGGCUGGCUGAGGGGGUGGCCCUGGGAGAGUCCUGGCUGGCUGAGGGGUGGCCCUGGGAGAGUCCUGGCUGGCUGAGGGGGGUGGCCCUGGGAGAGUCCUGGCUGGCUGAGGGGUGGCCCUGGGAGAGUCCUCCUGGCCCUGAGAUGGCUGGGGGGGCCCUGGGAGAGUCCUGGCUGGCUGAGGGGGGGCCCUGGGAGAGUCCCGGCUGGCUGAGGGGGCCUGGGAGAGUCUGGCUGGCUGGCUGAGCUGGCUGGGGGGCCCUGGGAGAGUCCUGGCUGGCUGGGGGCCCUGGGAGAGUCCUGGCUGGCUGAGGGGGGCCCUGGGAGAGUCCUGGCUGGCUGAGGGGGCCCUGGGAGAGUCCUGGCUGGCUGAGGGGGGCCCCGGGAGAGUCCUGGCUGACUGAGGGGGGGCCCUGGGAGAGUCCUGGCUGGCUGAGGGGGAGGGCCCUGGGAGAGUCCUGGCUGGCUGAGGGGGUGGGGGGCGGGGCCCUGGGAGAGUCCUGCAUGUUUGGGAGGGGACCUGGGAGGGUCUGACUGGGAAAGACCUUCACUGAUCUCUCCUGAUCCGAGUCCCUGUUGUGUGAAUGGCUUUUUUUUUUCUUUUGCACAGUAUCGAAUUUAGUAAGUCCAGGACUCUUUGUUCUGGUUAACGAUGCCCCAGUGAUGCUAUUUAGUGACACUGUCUGUGUUGGAGUUACACCUCCAUCAGCAAAGUGGUUAAAAUCUAAAAUGUGCAGCAUUUCACAAUGCUGCAAACACAGACUCCAAGCAGACCACUUCAAAUCACUGAAGUGGUCAUGGUGCUUGGAGUAACCCUUUAAAAGGGAGGAGGAAUUAGGCAGAGGAGGAUUAGAGUGGAGACUGACAAGUAAGUGCAUUACUUUAAAUUGUCAAUAUAACUUGUUAAAAUAUACAUCAAGACUUCAUAUACACUAAAAAACAUUUUUGGUGUAAGUUGGCCCUGAGCAGAAGAUCCACUCAUCACAAAGAAUGAAUGGAUCUUCCUUAUAAAUUGAUUGCAGCAUUUGCCUGUUUAGAAACUAUAGCUUCCAUGAUACUUUUUCAUUCUACAGACAUUCUAAAUGCAUGCAAAGCAUCAUGGGCGUUUUAGUUCUACAACAUCUUGGGAACUACCUUUUGGGCACCCCUGCUCUAAUGCUUAUUUACAAGUCACUGCAGUUCCAAGCCACUCAGAGCUGAGCAUUAGUUCAGGGUACUCAUUGAACCACCAAUUUUACAGUGAAGCUAAUAUGGUACAGGGAGUAACCUUUUAACUAGCGAACUCACAUUACAUGUUUUGAUGUUUGACAAACUUUCUUACAUAUUCUGUCUCUAUUUCUUUAGGUACAGGAUUCUCUUUGGGCACUUUUACUCCCAAAACAACCGCAUCAGGUUUUGGUUUUGGCGCAGCCACCACUACUGCAUCAACUGGCUUUGGAGGUAAGAAUUGGAAAUUAUGUAUGCAGAUAGAUUUUUGUGAUAGUUUUACCCUCUAGAAUGAUUGCUGUUAUAGUUUUUGGGUACGUCAUUAGAAAUACUCCAUGCAAGUUUGUCAUGUCUUACACAAUUAGGUGAUUUUCAAUUACAAAUAACACAUAGCUUUUAGCAUGCUAUGCCCUUCCUCCACUUAGAAACUUCAUGUUUAUAUGAAAGCAUGGCUUGUGAAUUACCUUGUGUAUAGUUUUAGAAAUCCUAAACUCCUAACCCAAGCCCUUUAUUGUAAAAAGGAGGAGAGAGAAAGGUAGCGCCAGGAGUACUUUGUGUAUUAUUAUAUGUAUAUAAUCUAAAUUUUUUAAAAAUAUAAAGGUAUUGUAAAAUAGAAUAUAAAAUACAAUACAGAGUGCAAAUAUAAAUGUCCACAAUGGGAAAAAUUCAACUUGCAAGGGAACAGUUACCUCUUAACAAAGGUAGUUUUCUUAUUAGUAAUUACGGGUAAGAAGAGACUUGGAAUCCGUUUGUGCAUAUAAGACAAUAGAAGAAAAAUCCCAAUGGUACAGUAUGUAUAUAUAAAACUAGCGGAGUAAACGGCAAUAUAGAUUCUACUCACAUUUACCAGAACUAUGAUCAGCUCUAGUUAUGACAGCGUAUUAUACCCACUUCUAGGAUAUAUGGGUAGGUGUGGUUCUCAGAUAUCCCAACAGAAUAACAUCAAAGGGAACCAGACCAAUGAAAAACAAAAAUAGAACGGAAUAUAGUGAUCUCUGUAUAUGUAAAGCCAGGAGUACUAAAAAAAAAAAAAAAUAUAUAUAUAUAUAUAUAUAUUGUACUCAAAUUUGGUUGAGCAGACUUACUGCUCGAUGGAUAGGGUGCAGGUGGCUUGAUUCUUUGGUGAGGUCCUCACUGGAGUAGAUAAGCAGGAUGCCAGGCAAGUUAAAAUUAAAUUAAAAUUAUUAAAGGAAAGGUAAUAUGACACAUAGUGUAAAAAUAGCCAAUAUUUUUUGAUUAACAUAAAUCAAAUUAAAAAGAUUCUGCAAUGCAUUUCGCCAUACAGGGCUUUAUCAAAUAUAGAUAGUAAGCUUGGCAGACAGAGGUUUAUAUAGGAAGUGACAGUCAAAACAAUUUUAAAAUUUUGGCACCAAAAUGACAGUACAAACAAAUUUUCAAUUGUGUUAAAAAGUCUUUCAUUUAUAUGUAUUAUAAGGGCAUAGUCCAACUUAAAUGUAAAAACAGAGCUUUAAACUAAAAGGCUAGGUUGCAGUUGAUCAUGUGACUUGCGACUCCAGUUCCGGGUCACGUGACUUGCCUUAUGGUUUAUGGAAAUAUAGGCUGGCACACACACAUACAAAAAAAACACUAACACAUGCGGCUUGUCUUUGUGCAUUGCACAUGCACCACGGAGGGAGGUGCAUGCGGGGUUGUCCUCGGAUCAUGUGUUGUAGUGCACUGUGUGUGCCUGCAAUAUCUACACACUGAAACGCCCAAAUAAAUGGAAGGUCCAGAGGCUGAGACGCUACGUGUUUAGGCAGUGUUAGAUUCAGGGAAAUAUUAACGGCCAUGUUGGUGUAAUGAAAAAUAACAGAAAUAAAAGAUAAGUAAAGAAAAAUAAAAGUAUAUAAAUAUAUAUAAAUUUAUUUUAUUGCUAUGGAAUGAUAAAUGCUGCUUUAGUGCACAUUUGCAAUGCUUUUACAUUUACAGACAAAUCUAAGCAGUGGGAGAAUGCUUCAGCGUUCCACCAUUUAGUUAAUGCAUCCCCUAAAUCCUGACAUUAGCGUAUCACCAACUCUGUCACUUUGCUUGCUGCCUGUCUCCCUACUUUAUCAUAUCUACUUUUUGGCUGUUUCCUGUUAGCUGUUGCUGGCCAUUUCAGAUAUACAGAUAUAUAUUCUCUAUAUCCGGUUGGAGAGUCUUAUUUGAUUUAUUUCUCCAGCUAGUGUGACAGUAUUUAAAUGUUUUGAGAGAACACAUUUGAAAAUUAUUUUCCUUGUUAUUUUGUUUUUAUAUUUGUGUAUUGCACACUUCAAAAAAACACACUUGUUUACGGUAGGGUGACAUUGCAGCAUAUAUGCAUUAUCAUUUUGUGCUAAUUAUAUACCACAAACAUACACUAAAUAAACACUAUGAUUUGUGUAAUUUAGGAAUCUGUGCUUCUUUUCCUUCUUCUAAGCUUGUUUCUAACUCUUACCAACUUUUCUUCAUGCUUCCCAUGCUUCAGGAUUUGGAGGGCUUGACUCUGCGACCUCCAGCAACAGUGGGUUUAACUUUGGGGGGUUCGGGCUAGCUGCCAAUCCCACAUUAAACUUUAAUGUUGGAAAUUUCAGUGUUUCAACUGCUCCAGCACCACCCUUCAAUUUUGGUAACAGCCUGGCAAAUGCAGGUAGAGAGAAAUUAAUAUAUGUGAUGUUUGUCAUCAAAUAUUCAGUGCAGUGGUCCACGAAUAUCCUGUAAAUAGUUCAUAAAGUGUUAGAAGCUGUAGCAGUUUCUAGGUUUUCUUUAUGGCAGUACAAUUUUAAUGUUUUGUCCUUUCACUAUAUACAUGUUAUACUAUAUGAUUUUCUGUAUUGUAAACAAUAAAAGCUAAGUUUUUUUUUUUUGACAAAAUAAGUUCAGGGACUAAAGCGUUUGCCAAAUCUACUUGUUCUGAUAGGUGGGUAAUGAACUUUCCAAAAAUUUCCAAAGGAGAAUUGUAGCUUGCUUUAUCAAAAAAUCUAACUAUAAUUAACUGAGACAACCUCAUAAGGCCAUUUAUAUCCAUUGACAUGCUUCGUUACAGAAAAGGCAGUGCUUAAACUGCUGAGCCUACAAGGUCAACCUCUUUGUUCCAGAACCACUACAUUAAACUGUCGUGCCUAAAGGGCCACUUUAAAAACUUGUCUUUGGGAAUAUAGUGUGGAGUGGGAUAAGUAAUGUAGUGUGUGGGAUAAGGCGGAAGUGUGUAUGUAGAUGAUGUAGUGUGUGUUUGUAUAGGGUGCGUGGUGCAGGAUAGAGAGUUUGCGUAUGAAACAUGUUGUGUGGGAUAUGGAUGUAGGGAACACAUUAUAGUGUGGUAUAGGGAUGUAGUUUGUAAGGCACCUAGUAUGGCUGAUUGUAAGACCUUUUUAAAGUGGCCAAUUAUAUAGAAAUAUUAUAUAAUUUGAGGAUAUGUUUUAUUUAUACUUCGUAUUUUCUAUGAUUACACUGGGCAUUUCAUUUUUAUAGCCAUUUCAGCACAACUUUUUGGAUAUUGUAAAUCACAUUAAAUCAAGCAGAUUUUAAUGGAACAUUCUGUGACAUUGUAACUAAGAACUUUAUUCUUGGAUCACUGGUGAUGCCCCCGCAUCUCUAUAGACCAGGGGUGGUGAACCUUCUGCUUUGCUAGCAUUAUUGCUGUAAGAGCAUUAUGGGAGUUGUAGUCCAAAACAUCUGGAGGGCAGAAGGUUCCCCAUCCCUGCUAAAGACAGUGACAUGUUUCCUUAGAAAACAUGUCCUUUGGAUUGGAUGUUGUGUGCAUUACAGUCUUCUUACACACGUCUAUUGGACUAGCGUGAGCACAGUUUAUGAAAUGAUGAAAAUUUUUGAUACUAUGUUAUCAGGCAUAUAAUUUUGUAAAUCGCUUUAAUUGGAAAUAUGCAUAGAUUUUGCUGGUCAAUUAAAUGCUUCACUCAUCACACAUACGUGACGAGUAAUUCAAAUCUGUUUUAUCAGUACCAGUUAUUCUUGGACCACUGUACUUUUUAUCACAAACAUUCCACCAAUCUGUUACCAUCCUGAAUUUAAGUCACUUAAAGGGAGUGUUCACCUUUUUCAUUUGUUUGUACAAUACGGGUUGAUUUAUGUUUCAUUUGUUAAUGUAUUGUUUAAAUUGUUUUUCCUAUGUUGAAAACUCCUCUGCAUGUGCUAUUGCUAACAAUAUUCAUUCUUCCAUCUUGCUGCAUGUUGUCAGCCAAGCUAAUAACCAUAAAAUACGUUUGUGGUUAUUUGUAUAAUUUGUUCAAAUUUUGGGCUGGUUUAUUUCAUUAACCCACCCUAAACAAGUGAAUAUAGUGUUUGCAUGUCUGUCUGCCCAUUCCAAUAUCUUGGAUUUUAAUGAAUUAAUUUAUUUUUAGAUAAUUUAAACAGGGUUUCUACUAACCCGCCUACAACAUGCUCAUCCCGUCACGGUUGUCUAGGUUGGAUGAAAUUAACUUUGAUAAUGCGGGAUUAUUCAUUUUAUUUUCUCAUGGGGGGGGGGCUGUGUGUGUCUAAAUAGUGCCUUGAGAAGCCAGUCUGUACUGGUGCUUCAUGCACUUAAUAUUGAAUCUUGCUCAUUAGCAUUAGGCAUUAACACUUCAUUUUUGUGCUUGUGCGAAUAGCAAAUAAUAUACAAAAAUCUGCUGUCAAUUGGUGAUGGCAACAGGUGGCUGGAGUGUGCUUCAGUAAGUGUCACUGACUUGUAAGAGAGGGAUGUAUAUACAUGGCGAUCAUGCACCAAACUCUUCUGUGAUUUAAAAGCAACUUUGUAAAGGAACACUAUGGCACUAGGUACAAAAAAAAACCUAUACAGAUACCCCCAACAUGUGCCUUAAAAAUCUAUGAAAUUAAAGUUUUACUCACUAUUUUUCAACACUAAGACUCCCUCUGCGCUGCUCACUUACUCGCCUCCUGCAAUGUCGUGGAAGAGGCAAUCAAAUACUCCUCGUAGAAGAGCAUUGGAGACCUGAUCGUGCGCACAUCUAACAUUUUCCCAUAGGAAUGCAUUGUAUUUAAUGCUACAAGUUUCGGAGUCACAAAGCACCUCUAGUUGCUGUCAGUUCGACAGCGACUAUAGGUGGAUAUUACAUUGCAAAGUAAACAAGGCAGUUUGCAAAAACACUUUAUUUUUAACUCCUUAAGGACACAACUUCUGGAAUAAAAGGGAAUCAUGACGGAAUAUUUCCGUCAUGUGUCCUUAAAGGACCACUAUAGUGCCAGGAAAACAUACUCGUUUUCCUGACACUAUAGUGCCCUGAGGGUGCCCCCACCCUCAGGGACCCCCUCCCGCCCGGCUCUGGAAGGGGGAAAGGGGUAAAAACUUACCUUUUUCCAGCGCUGGGCGGGGAGCUCUCCUCCUCCUGGGCUGAAUGCUUUCCUAUGGACGCUUGCGUGCCCUCACUGUGAAAAUCACAGUGAGAAGCACGCAAGCGCCUCUAGUGGCUGUCAAUGAGACAGCCACUAGAGGCUUUGGGGGAAGGCUUAACCCAUUAAUAAACAUAGCAGUUUCUCUGAAAAUGCUAUGUUUAUAAAAAAAAAAAUGGGUUAACCCUAGCUGGACCUGGCACCCAGACCACUUCAUUAAGCUGAAGUGGUCUGGGUGCCUAGAGUGGUCCUUUAAGGUGUUAAAAAAAAAAAUGUUGUUGUUUUUUAUUACAGGGUUAAAAGGAUAGGACCAAUUCAUUGAGAUUAAGUGGUCUGGCUGACUUUCAUAUCUCUCUAACCUUUUUACUACUAUUAGAGAGCAAUACAUAGUUUUUAAGCUUUGUGCAGGUAAGUUUGAGGUUAUUCAGUGGAAAGUUUAUGGAAUCGUCGGUUUAGACUAAUAUAUAAAAGGUGAGAUAGUGAUUGUAAUAGCUAGUUAGAUUGUAAAUUUAGUUGGUUGUUGGGUAUUUGACUGUUGAUAAGCUUAUGUGUGGUGGUCAGGAUACAUAAACUUGUUGGUACAGUGAUUGAAUAUUUGUGAUUUUCUCCUAAUGGGUGUUUAGUUUCCCCGAUAAUAAGUACUUGUAUAUCCUUUUUGGAGUAGUUUCAUUUGGUAUGCUAAUAAACUUCCAAACUAGACAUGGACAGUUGGGAAACUGUGAUGGACAUGUCAUAUUUGCACUUUAAUUUCCCCAAAAGAGACUGGGGCUACAUGUCUAGUGGAAAAGUGGUGAAAAGAUAAACACAAAAAUAAUCCUCUGGAUUGUUUACAUGUGAUAAAUGUAUGCUUAUGUCCAUAUUUAUUUAGAAUAGGUUGUUUUGGAGUGUCCGUUUAAUGGAGAGUAUGUAUGGCAACAUCUUAUGGUUGGUUUUUUUUUUGGCCACCAACUGUUCUCUUAUCUCCUUCUCUUGCUAUCUCUCUGUACUGGGAUAAUUGAUGAUGUCUUCAAACUUCACACCUGCAGUUUACUGGAGGACUGACUAAAAGAGCAGCUAAUUUAACUAUUUAUAUAGAUUAUCCUUUUCACGCAAAUUCUAUUUUUGGCUCUCCUGCAAUAUAUAUCCGUUUUUACCUUCAACGUGCUCAUGGAAAUAGGCAAAAACCAUGCCCAUUUUAUUUCCAGUUUUGCUACAUAUUUUCAUUGUUCUCUUUUCUUGAGGUGGUUUUGGAGGUUUUGGUAGCACGACAACUACAGCUUCAGCACCUGCAUUUAGCUUUUCUGCUCCUACUAAUUCAGGCACUACAGGUAAGUCAGAACUAAGGGGAAAGUGUCACUUCCAAUUGUAAUUAUAUUAAAAUUAAGGUUUUUCUUUUCUUUGCUUGUUUUACAUUUGGAUAUAUUCCUGUUUUUCCUGAUGUAAAUAAAUAUUGCUGUGUUCACCUGGUUUUUCUAUAAGUUUGCUUUGAGGGUUUGGUGACAUGACUGCAUUAGUGUGGCCAAUAUAAAUUCUCCAGUCCCUAUUGUCGUAGAAAACAGCCAGAAAAGUACAGGAAUGGAAUUUUUUGUAUUUUUUUUUUUAAAGGGACAUAGUCACCUGAACAACUUCAGCUUAAUGAGGUUGUUUAGGUGAGAACAAUGGCUUCCUGCAGCCCUUUUCAUGUAAACACUGUAUUUUCUGAAAAAAUACAGUGUUUAGCUUGGAAGCUAGGAACACCUCCAGUGGCAGUCACUCAGACGGCCACCGAAAGGAACUUCCGAGUUAAAUGCUGCCUAAUUCGCAUUCAUCACAUUUGAUUUCUUCAUGUUUGACUGACGACAUCAAACGUGCUACCAGGACAAAGAAGGCACUGUGAACGCGCUUCCUGUGUCCUGUAGUAACCCGGAGCCUGUCAGCAAUCAGAGCCGACCGUGUGAGAGAUAAGGAUCUCCUGCACACAGCAUUGGCUCGGGCUGACAGGCAGGAGGAUCUACUGACUUCAAAUAGUAAGUAAACUUGUUUUAAAAAUUGUGUGUGUUUAACAACAUUUAAUUACAAAGUGUGUGUGUGUGUGUAGAGGUAUCUCUAUAUAAUGUUUGCAUAUAAACUUUUGGCUUAGGAGGGGGGUGGGCAUAGACGUGAACGCGCACGUGCGCGGCAGAGCGCUCAGUUCAUUUAUAGAGCCAGCAUUCAAUGAUGUUCUAUGAAGAACACAUUGAUGCAGCGCGAAGCCGCACAUGCGCACCACAGAGCGAUGACUCUUCUCAAAGAGAAGUGUCUGAGCCCUGCUAUUUUGUCGUUUUGAUGGAAAAGGGGGCAUGGCCUGCCGAGGAGCUUGGCACUAGAAUGGAGGUAAGUUUAUAUGAGAAAAAGCACUUGGAUUUGGCAAAAUUAAUACAAAAGCAAGAAAGAAGGCAUUGGGACCUGUCUUUCUUGCUUUUAUAUGCUCCUUUAAUAUCUAAAAUAAAACCCUCUCAUUCUCUUUAAUCUCACUGAGUGGGCAACUUACCACGUUACCCAAGUAACAUCCAUUAACGUAUCGAUGAACCCAGAACAACCAGUGGGGUGCCUGACAUGUCAUGGUGUUAAACUCCCUCUAGAAUUCCAUGAGAGCAGGGAUCUCCUGUAAGUGCUGUUGCUGGUUGUAUCUUUAUAGAGAUGUUCAGCAACCUGACAGUCUGAAGCCUGCUGGGGCAAUAGCUAUGAAAGCUGACCACCAUUGUUUUGCUUUUUUCUCCACUGUGCUUACAUGAUCAAGAUGAAGUCUGCCUAUUCAUUAUACGUGAAUGAAAACCUUCUAGACAAACCUUCAUUUACUGUACUACAUCAUAUAUGGUGCUCACAAAAUUUCCCAGAUGUUUCUCAUAAGAUACAUUUGUGUGUCUCUCUUUUCUUUUUCCCAUCAAAAUAUACUUGUUUGGUGUUUAUUCUGUCAUUAAAUACCAAUUUUCAUGAACCUGCCAUUUCCAACAGGGUUGUUCGGCGCUGCCCAGAACAAAGGUUUUGGUUUUAAUACUGGUUUUGGCGCAACUGCAACAAAUACAGGACUGGGUGCAGGUCUAGGAACCGGUUUAGGAUUUGGAUUCAACACUCAACAGCAGCAACAACAGAGUGGUUAGUAUGAAAAUGGUGUUUUGGCUUGUAAUUUUCUGAUAGUUCCGGUCUCCUUGUAGAUGUCAAGUUUGUCGUUGGAAUUAAAAGCAGUACUAACUUGUUUAUGUUCAUUAUAUCAACAUUUCCACUCAACUUGAUCAAUAUGGGAAGUUAGUUAUAUCAGUAUUUUAUUUUAUUAUUUGUACCAAAUUAAAACCUACUUCAGACACUAGCACCUUUAUAGUGAUUGUAAGGCUCUACCUUGUCUAAUGUUUGUAUUACAUUCAAGGCAAUUCAUUUGCAAUAUAGUGCACUAAUCAUGCAUGGAAAAAGAAAAUUCAAUCUUUAUUCUGUAUUUACAGUGAAAGAUAAGACUGAAUCGUUGAUCUUUCAGGAAGCCAGUCGCUCUAAACACAUAUAUAUAUAUAUAUAUAAUUUUUUUUUUUUUUCUUAAUGCAGUCUUAAAGUUAAGUUCUUCAAGCUUUUUAAUAGUUAAUAGAAUAACGCUCAGAGCUUUUUAAAAUAAAGUUUACUUACCUUAAUCCAGCACGGGGCAACUCACUGAUGUUCCGUGCACCCCCUUCUGACAUCACAUGAGCCAUAUAAAGGUCCAGUCAAAAGCUUUUCAUACAGAAUCAUUUGAUUGGACCAUUUUACUAGCUCUAGGUGGGUGCUCUGAGCUGUGGAGGGAAAGGAGAAGGGAAGGCAGGUGAUUAAGAAUAACUGAGGGGCUUGGGAGGAGGGAGGGAAGAGAAGAGCCUCUCCAUUGCAGGCUUAGCCUGCAAGAGAGAUGCAGUUACGUAUGUUGCCUAUGUGCAGUGAACGCUGACGACAGAUGCAAUUUUCGCACAGAAGUGAUAGUAUGUAGCCCAUUUCUGGGCUGCCUAAGUCAUGUGUGCUGGGGAUGCAAAAUAUCUCUGGAUGUGCAGUGUUUCAAACAGAAACACUGCAUAUCGAUACUCCUACCACCUUGACCUCUUCAAAAAGCAAAAGUGGUUGGAGUAACUCUUUAAAAACCGGUUUGCCUUCAUUGUAUGUGGUUGUGAUGGGCAUCCAUGCGUCAAUGGCACUAUGCAGGUUCCUGUGAGGGAAUAGACAAUCCCUGUCGCCCAUUGCAUAUACAGAUUGGUAUACCACUUUUUUUUUUCUUCUUUUUCAUUGCAGGACUUGGUGGUCUGUUCAGCCAGCCUGUUCAGAACAAUGCUCAAUCCAACCAUCUGAUAAACACUGCAAGUGCACUUUCUGCACCUACCUUACUUGGAGAUGAGAGAGAUGCCAUUUUAGCAAAAUGGAAUCAGCUUCAAGCUUUUUGGGGAACAGGCAAAGGAUAUUUCCACAACAACAUACCUCCUGUAGAGUUCACACAAGAAAAUCCAUUUUGUAGAUUUAAGGUAAUUGAGCACUUAUGUAAAUUAAGAUUUGUGUUAGACACUUGCCAAUACUUUUAGACUUUGUAUUCCAAACAAUGUGUCUGUUUGCACAUUUAACCUCAGUACGGCAAUUGAACAGGUUCUUUAUGGUAAUAUACAGUUUGUUUUUUUUCAGAUCAUUGCAUUUAAUGCUACCUACAUUUUCUAUUCUAUUAAUUACAUCAAUUACUAUGCUUUAUUAUACAAACCAUGUAUUAUUUUGUUUCCAUUUACUUACUGAUACCUUGUAAUGGAAUAUAUUAAGAUCCUUUUAAUCUAUUUUUUCUGUGCAGGCUGUUGGUUUUAGUUGCAUACCUAAUAACAAAGAUGAAGAUGGGUUGGUGGCCUUUGUGUUUAACAAAAAGGAGUCAGAUCUAAGAGCUCAGCAGCAGCAGUUGGUUGAAAGUCUUCAUAAAGUCCUCGGAGGCAACCAAACACUCACUGUAAAUGUAGAAGGUGUUAAAACGAUGCCUGAUGACCAGUAAGUAGUACAAUCAGUUUGUUACUUCAUAUAAACUAGUUACUGUGUUGGAAAAAAGGACUUGUAUUUUCAUAAUGCUGCUCUUGAUUGGAUGUAUAUCUGGCAUUCAGAUAAAGGUCUACAUCAGGGGUAGGCAACCUUCGGCACUCCUGGACUACAUACCCCAAAAUGCUCUUACACCCAUAAUGCUGGCAAAGCAUCAUGGGAGGUGUAGUCCAAAACAGAGUGCCGAAGGUUGCCUAUGCCUGGUCUUUAUAGUACUGAUGCUAUUGUUUAAUUUCAUUUUGCAUUGAAAUGCUCUCAGGAUUUCAAAGUAAACGCGCAGGUCUUGGUAAAUGGGCUGGGUUCCAGCCCUGCCAAAUGGUGUUCUUGCUACUCACAACUAGACUUUCUGAGGCCCAGGCUCUGUUUGGAGGCCUCAGCUCGCUUUUCUUACAUGACUCUCAACUCGCCUAAUCAUGUACAUUUCACUUAAUUCAUUUUUAAAUAUUGUUGAAAUAAGAUUUGUGAGUUAACAUAUUCUAUUCGCUCACGCAACAAUUAGAAUGAAUGUCUUUCUUUGCAAUGUCUUUUUGAUUUCUUAAUUGGUUCUUAGUCUAUGUACAAACUCUGGACUGUAUAUAAACAUGAUUCCUUUGUGAAAGGAAUGUGAUUUAUUGUCUUUUUUCCCCUUAGAACGGAAGUUGUAAUCUAUGUUGUCGAAAGAUCUCCAAAUGGCACGUCUAGGAGAGUACCAGCCACUACAUUGCACAAUUAUUUUGAACAAGCAAAUGUUAAAGCUAACCUGCAACAGCUGGGAGUAACGCUUAUCAUGGCCCGAACUGAGCUUUCACCAGCACAGAUAAAGCAACUUUUACAGAACCCACCUGCAGGUCAGUAUUGUCAGUAGUGACCUUGCUUUUAGUAAUAAUGUGAGCUUUUCAACAAAAUGGUAAGACCUGUGUUUUCUGAACUGUGCAAUGCUUUUUCUUUCUUUUUUUUAGUUUUUUUUUUUAUACCCCAGUUGGAUGGCAAUUGUAAUCCAAGCUAAAAUGUAUCAUCCAGAUCUGACAGUAUUGAUAUUGGCAAUGCAUUGUACAUCCUGCAUUAUUAUUACAAGGGCAAGUCUUUGGAUGCUGGGGGCAACCCUGUUUUUUGGGACAAUCUAAUUUGUGCUUAGAUUGUGCCUUUAAUUUCAUUUGCAUUUUACCCAGGGAUAUAUAGGGGUGUUAUGCCCACCAUAUGCAGGUUUUUCUAGGCACACCAUUUCAUCAUGUUGACUGGCAACACAUAAUGUUGCCCUGUAGUGUAGAAUGUUUGUCUCAGGAUUCCGGAUUGAUUUAUGUUCUCACUUAUUAUCUGCAGCAUAUUCUACAUACUAACUGGCAGCACUUUCCAUAUGCUACUAAGUUUGUACAGGGUUGGCCAAAAUAUAGAGUAGGAUUUCACAGCUAAAUAUCUUAUUUAUUCAUUUUUUUGUUUUUGCAGGUAUAUAUUAUAACUGAGUCUUGGGUAAUUUCACAAAAGAACAAUUAGCCAGAGAGAAAAAUGUAUGCAUUAUCUCAUCAUGUCUAAUGAAGUUCCUUUUCAUUUAAAUAGCUUCGUCAAUAAACAAAAACUGUUGUUGGGGUACAGAAAAUCCACAUAUAAUUAAUCUGUGCCAAUUGCAUCCUACCCGUCUGGUGCAGGGUGAAAAUGUAGGAAGUUGUCGGGCAGAAAUUCAAGCACUGGAGCAUCAAACAUCCCUCAGGGUCCCCCUCCCGUCCGGCUCUGGAAGGGGGAAAGGGGUAAAAACUUACCUUUUUCCAGCGCUGGGCGGGGAGCUCUCCUCCUUCUCUCCUCCUCCGUUCCUUCUCCUGGGCUGAAUGCGCACGCGCGGCAAGAGCUGCGCGCGCAUUCAGCCCGUCGCAUAGUAAAGCAUUUACAAUGCUUUCCUAUGGACGCUUGCGUGCUCUCACUGUGAAAAUCACAGUGAGAAGCACGCAAGCGCCUCUAGUGGCUGUCAAUGAGACGGCCACUAGAGGAUUAGGGGGAAGGCUUAACCCAUUCAUAAACAUAGCAGUUUCUCUGAAACUGCUAUGUUUAUAAAAAAAUGGGUUAACCCUAGAAGGACCUGGCACCCAGACCACUUCAUUAAGCUGAAGUGGUCUGGGUGCCUAGAGUGGUCCUUUAACUAAUGCUAAGAACCAAUGCAAACAAGAGCCAUACUUUGCGAGGUGGCAAAUGGAGCUCAUUUGAACAAACACAUCUCCAUACAUUAAGCAUUCAUUAUAUAUAAUAUCAUUGAAAUUGGUUCAUUAAUAAAAAAUAAAAAAUAAAGUUGACUCCUCAAACCCUACCCCGAAUUUUGGCACACCGUGUAUAAGCAAUCUGCAUCAUGGACAGUAGGGUGGAUAUGUCAGUAUGAAUCUGGAAAAACUGUUUUGAUUUACUUUAUUUAUAUUUUAGGUGUUGAUCCAAUUAUUUGGGAACAAGCCAAGGUUGAUAAUCCAGAUCCAGAGAAGUAAGUACAUAUUGGUUUUAUAGUAUUUCGUUCUAAUAUCUUAUCACCAAGUCGCACAGUGCUUAGGGGUUACAGGUAGCAUACAAGUUAGGCAGCCAACUGCUUGUAAAUAUUGUGGUAUGUGCUUUACUUUAACACAGAUUGAUUCCUGUCCCAAUGGUGGGCUUCAAGGAGCUUCUGCGCAGACUUAAGGUUCAAGAUCAGAUGACAAAGCAACACCAGUCCAGAUUAGAUGUAAGAUUUGAAUUUAGUUGUGUUCCAUUCAUCUCUCCUGAAAAGGUAGUAAAAGCAUUGUAGUUUUUGCUUCUGUUAACACUAUUCUUCUCAAUGUAGAUAAUAUCUGAAGACAUUAGUGAACUGCAGAAAAAUCAAGCAACAACAAUGGCCAAAAUUGCACAGUAUAAAAGAAAAUUAAUGGAGCUUUCACAUAGAGUUCUCCAGGUAAAUCUUCUUCUAUAAUUUUAUAUUGUUGAUCCAAAAUGUAUUCAGUUCUAUAAUCAUGCUUAAACAUAAGAAAAUGGACUAAAUGUUUGUGUGCACAGAUUACCAUGUGGUUAGGCAUAAAUGUGGGCAGAUUUUGUCGAUUUGUAGAUUCCAGCUCCCAACUUCUUUCUGUUUUUAGUUGUUUCUUUUCUCUACAUAACCAGUGUGGGAUGUUCUUGAAGAUGCACUUAGAUGUUUUGUUACCUUCUUUAUAUAAAACCUGUUUAGAUGUUUGACAUAAAAAUCACAUUAAUGUUGAGUUAAAUGAUUGAUGACAUUUUUAUAUCGUAGGUUCUAAUUAAGCAAGAGAUUCAAAGAAAGAGCGGCUUUGCUAUACAGGCUGAAGAGGAACAGCUCCGUGUGCAGUUGGAUACAAUCCAAAGUGAACUUAAUGCUCCGACACAGUUCAAGGUAUGGUCGCAACAUGUUCCAGUUUAUACUGAAAGCAAAUGGUCUUUGUUUGCUUGCUGUUUGUUUUUAUUUCUAUGGUAAACCACAUAGAGGCAUGUCAGAAAUUAGUUUUGCCUCUUGUGGUACUAAAUUUAAGGGUGUAACCUUGCUUUGUAUGCAUGAUAAGUACUCUAUUAUUGUCAAUUGCUCAGCAGUUUGUCAUUAUUUAUCAACUUGGUUUCAUCAAAGCAAGUGAGACAUACAGGAACAGUAGCUGUUGAGGGUCUACAUACUAAGUAAAGUAGGGUAACAUGUGCUUUUGUCUGUUUUCCAGUAGGAUUUUAUGCAACUUAAUGAUAUAAUUAUUACCCUGGGCAGUGAUGUGAAAGGUUACCAUUGUCAAUUUUGCCCCUGCAAUCUCGCUUCUCACGUCUAUUCCAUUUAGGGGUUCAAUCAUUGUUUAUGCACCCCUAACUAAACUUUCCAUGGCUGUGACUUUCACAGCCUUCCUACACACUACCUGAUUUUUGUAAAACAUUUUUUUAAAGAUUCUUUUAUUGCACGCCGCGUUUAUUUAAACUUUUGUACCUCCUUCUCCAAUAGCCUAUUAGAGCCCACAGCACCUUCCUGUCUGUGAUUAAAAUCGAUUCAUACACCAGGCAAUAAGAACUUCUAAAGUAAACACUGUGCUUUAAGAUCUGAUGGUCAAUGAAACUGUUUCUUUCAUGUUGGCCCUGUAAGCCACAGCCAAGAAAGUUAUGGCACGGACUGCAUAAACAGAAACAAAGGUGAUUGGACUGCUAAAUGGCAGAAAAAUAGACAAUGAGACUGUAGUGGCAUAGUCUAUAAACCAAAACUGCUUCAUUAAGCUAAAUGCCAAAGAAUACUUUUAUGCGUUACCUGUCUAUCUCAAGUUGACUUUUGGGUGUUCCUUUUUGGAUUAGAAGCUCAGUCAUGUUUAAACAUGACCUUGUCUAUCUAAAACCACUCCUAUCUUCUUUGUAAUAAUUGUUUUCCAUUUUUUUUAUACAUCCUUUUUUUUCAUCAUUAUUAUAUUGUUCUAUUAUUCUCAUUUUUAUUUAUUUUUCAUUAUAGUGAUUUUUAAAUUUUAUUGCGAUAUUUAUUUAAAUUUCUUUUUAUUCGUUUUUUAUAUUUGUAUUUUUCUCUAUUUUAAGUAUUACUUUGAUUUUUAUUUUUUUGUAAACACUAUGGAUUUACUAAUUUUCAUUUCUCAUAUUUUUUAUAUUUUUUUUAGAGGAAGAUAUACUACUGUCUACAGAUAAGAUUAUCUUACACUUGUUUUUGCCCCCUUUUUUCACGAGCUGAACUCAAAGAUCUAAGACUUUUUCUAUGUACACAAAAGGCCUAUUUCUCUCAAAUAUUGUUAACAAAUCUUAGUGAGCACUUCUCCUUUGCGAGAUAAUCCAUCCAUCUCACAGGUGUGGCAUAUCAGGAUGCUAAUUAGACAGCAUGAUUAUUGAAAAGGUGUGCCUUAGACUGGCCACAAAAAAAGGCCACUCUAAAAAAAAAAAAAAAAAAAAAGUUUUACUGUAUUGGGGAGGUCUGGGAUGUGUCUGAAAACCAGUCAGUAUCUGGUGUGAUGUUCAGCUGUAUCCCAUUUUGCUAUACUUUCUAUGUUUACACAACUAUCCCAAAUUUCCAAGCUUGACGUGAAAAUGAACACAGAUGGGCUAUAUUGGUGCUUAGAGAAUCCAUUUAAGUCUUCAAGGACCCAUGUUAGGCGAUGCCUUAUUAUCAUGACAGUACUGACAUUCAUAUCAGUCCUGAAGGAAUUCGUGUAAGGCAUUCAGUGGAUAUGCUACAUUAACAUGGUAGCUGGAAUAGUUUUCUUAAAUUCAGUUAUAUUAAAGGACCACCAUAGGCUUAAUGAAGUGGUCUGGGUGUCAGGCCCAGCUAGGAUUAACCCUUUUUUCUAUAAACAUAGCAGUUUCAGAGAAACUACUAUAUUUACCUAUGGGUUAAUCCAGCCUCUAGUGGCUGUCUCAUUGACAGCCGCUAGAGGGCUUCCGCGCUUCUCACUGUGAUUUUCAGUGAGAAGACGCCAGCGUCCAUAGGAAAGCAUCGAUAAUGCUUUCUUAUGGACUGGCUGAAUGCACGUGCGGCUCUUGCCGCGCAUUCAGCCAGUGACGGAAGAAGAGGGAGGAGAGCUCCCCGCCCGGUGCUGGAGAAAGAGGUAAGUUUAACCUCUUCCUCCCCCUAGAGCCCAGCGGGAGUGGGACCCUGAGGGUGGGGGCACCCUCAGGGCACUAUAGUGGUCCUUUAAGCUCUUCAUCCUUUCUUUUUCUCAUCAUCCAGAAACAGUCAGUAUAUGUCCCAUUAUUCUCUGCUUCUCAUAUGCUUUAGUUGCCUAUUCUUUAAAGGUAGGUAGUAUUACAUAACUUUUAAUUAUAAUUCCUCAGUAUAGACUGCAGUAUAUUUUGUACAGUGACUCCUUCAAUGCUUUAUAUCAGGGGGAGAGUUUUAUAGGAAAAAAGGAAUAUAUUUAGUGUAUUUGGAUUACAGUUACAACUGCAAUAGCAGUAAUGAGUGCGUUAUUAAUUUAAAAGUCGAUUAGCAGUAUACAUUUGGAAAAAGUUAAAUGAUGUCUCCAUCCACAUAAACGGUUGUCAUGGUAGGGAAAUGCAGCCAUAUUGUUUCUUUUUAGGUCCAUUGAUUGUUAUGCAUGGUUGUGUAAUGUCCAUCGUACUGGACUAGGUGCAACUAUAGUACACUUUGUUUCCUCAUGAUGUUAUACCCCACAAAGCAAUGCAAACUAAACCUUGACAUUUUAGAAGAUCUGGAGUGCAGAGUCCCAAGUAAAGUUUCUAUAAGCUUUUUUCCAUUCUCAGAGUUCUCAUAUUCUUAAUUUUUGUUGCAAUGCAUUAGCUUAUAUAAAAGGGUGAUUCAGACGUGGACCAUGUGCUCACUGUGCCCAGAGGGGUAUGAGCUACACAUUACUGACGAGGGCUUAAGAAGGCUGAAACGAUCAUCUGGGGUUACUGUAUCUCUUGUGAAGAGAUAAUUUACCGGCAUUUUGGUUUUGGGCUGCCCUCAUGGGUGAGAUCAGUCUGAUGUGCUUUGGAAUAUGUUCUCUCUGUAAUGGCACAAGUGAGCGAAAACUAUUUUGAUACCUGAGCGUGGAUUUACCGAAGGGCAAGUUAAUGAGUUUCUGUAAGCUUUUGUCCAUUCUCAGAGUUCACAUUGUUUACCUUUCUUAAAUAAUUACAUUUUAUAAUGGUAAAUGGUGCAAUAUACUACUACACAGUUCAGUAUUAAUUUUACAUUUUAUGGAUUAAUAAAGCUGUUCUCAAAGAAUAGAUUGCCUGCUUUAUUGGCGCCAUGUGUUGUGCGUUUCAUAUGUUUCCUAUAGUUUGUGCGUGUUGUAACACAAAGUGUGGAAAUUUUUAUUUUAUGUGCGUUUAGUACAAAAUGGAGUGCCGUUUUAAGAAUUGCUUUUUUUAUUUUCAGGGGAGACUAAAUGAACUUAUGUCUCAAAUCAGAAUGCAAAAUCACUUUGGAGCAGUAAGAUCCGAAGAAAAAUAUUAUGUAGAUGGAGAUCUCUUGAGAGAAAUCAAACAAGUGAGUCAUUACUUAGAGCUUUGCAAUUGUUCAAAUUGUGUUUCUGUACUAAUGAAUUCUGUUGGGUUCUAAAUUCAUGAAUAUAUGACAUGUUUAGCAGUAUUCAGGACCAUAAUAAUGUGUACCUCGCAGCCUUCUAGAAUAAAAACACCCAUGAGUUUAAAAAAACCCACUUUUCUGGGUAAUGUUUUUGCUGUGGUAGGGGAUUGGGUUAUAUUCUUCUAUCUGUUCUUUUUACCACAAGAUUCUUAUUGUUCCCUCUCAAACUAAAAUUGAAAACCUGUAAAGUACCAUACAUUCCUAUAAAUGUGUAUUAUAGAAUAUUUUAUUUAUUUUUAUAUAUAUAUAUAUAUAUAUAUAUAUAUAUAUAUAUAUAUAUAUAUAUAUAUAUAUAUGACUAUAAAGUUACAUUUGAAAACUCAUUGUUACAGUAUAUUAUCAUAAAUUACAUAAUCCAUACAACACAAUAACAGGUUAGGUUGCUAAAGUGAGACCUGCCAAAAAUAGGAGUACAUUGGCUUUUACAAUGUAUGAUCAUAUACUAGAACUAAACCCCUAUUGUUUUUGCCUGUUAGGGUUUUUUUUGGGAAACAACUUUCAGUGUGUAAGCUGGAUCCCAGCAGUGUGUGUUCCAUUUAAAUUUUGGUACUGUAUAUGAAUAUAAAAAGCCCUGAUUUCAUACACUGAACAUUUUUUUUUUUUCCUUUUAAUUUCUAGCACUUAAAACAACAGCAAGAAGGAUUAAGUCACUUAAUUGGCAUUAUCAAAGAUGACCUGGAAGAUAUAAAGCUCAUUGAACAUGGACUGAAUGACAAUAUUCAUAUUCGAGGAGGAAUGUUCAGUUGACCAGGCAACACUAAUUGCUUUUAGCUCAGUAUCUGAAACAUACAUAUUGUCGUUCAAGCUUUAAGAAGAACUCUCUACAAUAGACUGAUUGGAUUACUGUAGUCUUCUUGCAAUGCCAUGAUGCAAAUAAAACCGCACUUAUUUGCAAUUUAACUAGAUUUUGAGUAGUGUUUGAAAACGCGUCAGAUAUUCUGACAGUGUGGAAACAAUUUAUGCUCUCAGUGUGUUCUAUCUGGUUUCUAAAUCUAUUAUCUUUGUGGACUUGAGUUGUGGCUUUUGAAAGAACACUUUUGUAAAGCAGCCUAUGGUAUAGAGGGUGGAUGCAAGAUAAAUCUCCAGCUGUGAUUAAAGAAUUUCCUAUUCAGGGACUGGUAAACUUAUAAAAGAAAUAUGACUUUUCAAAGUUUAGUUAUUAAUAUUUUGCAAGAAUAUCUGUAAUAUUGAUGACUGCAUAACUUUUUAAUAUUAAAAUCUGUGAUAUAUGUGCUAUAGUAGUUUUCUGACUAAUAGUUCCUAUAAAUAAAUAUUUUUCUUAA